GCCGUUUAUUACGUAGAAUACAGAGGUAAAACUGUAUAAUAUUAUUAAUAGAUGCAUAGACAAAAGGUUGGAUGUAUAAAUAGAACAGAGAAAUAUAAUAUAACCUAAACCAUGCCGAAGCACAAGAUUGAAUCCAAAGUUGGAUCGCUAGACAAUGCAAAGCACGUUGCAGGUGGAGGUCAAACGAAGAUUCAAACUCAGAAAGUUGAGUGGCAUGCAGAUUCGAAGAUUGGAUCUAAAGACAAUGCCGACCAUCAGCCUGGUGGAGGGACAACAAAGAUUCAAACUCAGAAAGUUGAGUGGCAUGCAGAGUCAAAGAUUGGGUCUAAAGACAAUGCUGACCACAAGGCUGGCGGAGGCACAUCAAAGAUUCCAACACAGCAUUUAGAUUGGCAUGCAGAAUCAAAGAUUGGAUCGACAGAUAACAUAACGCAUGUCGCUGGAGGUGGAACUUCCAAGAUUCCAACUCAGAAAGUUGAGUGGCAUGCAGAGUCAAAGAUUGGGUCUAAAGACAACGCUGACCACAAGGCUGGUGGAGGCACAACAAAGAUUCAAACUCAGAAAGUUGAGUGGCAUGCAGAGUCAAAGAUUGGGUCUAAAGACAAUGCCGACCAUCAGGCUGGUGGAGGGACAACAAAGAUUCAAACUCAGAAAGUUGAGUGGCAUGCAGAGUCAAAGAUUGGAUCUAAAGACAAUGCCGACCACAAGCUGGCGGAGGGACAACAAAGAUUCCUACUCAGAAGUUGGACUGGCAGGCCGAGUCUAAGAUUGGAUCUACAGAUAACAUAACUCACGUGGCCGGCGGAGGGAAAACGAAG